GAUAAAUUCAUGAUUAAUGAGAGAUAAGAAUAAAUGCAUGCAAUUUAAGAUACGACAAUGUUUGAAUACAUAUACUUAUUUAAAUAAAUGAAUAUAAAUAUCUUACUGUGUACAAAUGUUUUCCUAUCCAAUUUCUAACAAAAAUGGCGUCGACUAAGCGGGAGUAUCGGCAAAAGCGGAAAUUCAUAGAAAAACAAAGUGAUUCCGAAGAAGAUAAAGAAAGGAGUGCUAAAUUUUCCAAAACAAAUACAGAAGCACCACGACUGUGUCCUUACUUGGACACGAUAAACCGACAAUUUUUGGACUUUGAUUUUGAAAAAUUAUGUUCAGUAUCAUUGUCGAGGAUUAAUGUGUAUGCAUGUUUAGUAUGUGGAAAGUAUUUCCAAGGUAGAGGUACCAAUACUCAUGCAUACACUCACAGUGUAGCAGAAAGUCAUCAUGUAUUUCUUAAUCUACAUACUUUAAAAUUUUAUUGUUUACCCGACAAUUAUGAAAUAAUUGAUUCAUCAUUAGAUGACAUAAAAUAUGUUCUAAAUCCAACUUUUGAUAAGACACAAAUUACUCUAUUGGAUAAAAGUGAUAAACUAUCGAGAGCUAUAGAUGGUUCACUAUACUCUCCUGGUAUUGUGGGGAUGAAUAAUAUUAAAGCAAAUGAUUACUGCAAUGUUAUUUUACAGGCACUUUCACAUGUAACACCUUUAAGGGACUUCUUUUUAAGAGAAUCUAAUUAUUCUCAUGUAAAAAGGCCGCCUGGUGAUUCUUCUUAUCUUUUAGUACAGAGAUUUGGAGAAUUAAUGAGAAAAUUGUGGAAUCCUCGUAAUUUUAAAGCACAUGUUAGUCCUCAUGAAAUGUUACAAGCUGUUGUCUUAUGGAGUAAAAAAAGAUUCCAAUUUACAGAGCAGGGUGAUCCAAUUGACUUUCUUUCGUGGUUUAUGAAUGCUCUUCAUUUAGCGUUAAAUGGUACGAAAAAACGUGAUUCUAGUAUAGUGUACAAAACAUUUUUGGGUCAUAUGCGCAUAUACACACGAAAGAUACCGCCGCUCGAAUUAGACGAAAGCCAAAGAAGCGAAUUACUUCAUACAGUAGAAUAUGGUCAAACUGUAACAGAAAGUCCAUUUUUAUAUUUAACGUGCGAUCUUCCUCCGCCCCCUCUCUUCAAAGAUCAGUUUACCGAAAAUAUAAUUCCUCAAGUCAAUUUAUAUACACUAUUAAAUAAAUUCAAUGCUGUAACUGAAAAAGAAUAUAAAACGUACAAGGAGAAUUUUAUGAAAAGAUUUGAAAUUACGGAACUCCCGCCAUAUCUUAUACUUUAUAUAAAAAGAUUUACAAAGAAUACAUUCUUUGUAGAAAAGAAUCCUACUAUAGUUAAUUUCCCAGUUAAAAAUGUUGAUUUUGGAGACAUUUUAACACCUGAAGUGAAACUUAGGCAUCCUUAUACAACAUACGAUUUAGUUGCAAAUAUAGUUCACGAUGGUGAGCCUGGUCAAGGAACAUACAGGGUUCAUAUUUUACACAGAGCAACUGGUCAGUGGUAUGAAUUACAAGAUCUUCAUGUGACCCAAAUUCUGCCGCAAAUGAUAACAUUAACUGAAGCAUAUAUACAAAUUUAUGAACUGAAGAAAGAUAUACAAACGGAAAAUGGUGAAAAUAAAAAUAAGAAGACAAUAUGAUAAUUAUAAUUUUAUAAAUAAAAUAUUUCAAUUUUUCA